GUCGGAGAUCUGUAGUGGGUUAUUGUGGAUCUACCCUUUAUAAUUAGCGGAAGGAAAGAAGGGCAGUGUGAAGAAACAAAAUCGACGAUGGAAUUCGGCCGAGCAUUCAAUCCCACUUCUUUGUUCAUUGUUUUUCUUCUUGUUACUCUAGUUACCGCUAAAAAGUCCGGCGAUGUUACGGAGUUGCAGAUCGGUGUGAAGUUUAAGCCAACAUCUCGUGAACUUAAGGCUCACAAGGGAGAUAGAGUUUCAGUACACUACAGUGGAAAACUUACAGAUGGAACUGUGUUUGAUUCUAGCUAUGAGAGGAAUGACCCCAUUGAAUUUGAACUUGGAAGUGGUCAAGUGAUUAAAGGUUGGGAUCAAGGACUUCUUGGAAUGUGUGUGGGAGAGAAGCGAAAGUUGAAAAUUCCUGCUAAACUUGGUUAUGGAGAGAGUGGAUCUCCACCAAAGAUCCCAGGUGGUGCAACUCUUGUCUUCGACACUGAGCUGGUUGCUGUGAAUGGAAAGAAAACAACUGCUGAUAAUGAGCUGUGAUUUCACGAUGUUGCUACGCACUGUUUCACGUUAGCUCAAGUAUGGAGGAGGAAAGUUCUAAGGAGCUGUUAAUGUUAGGCUAUCUUUUAGUUAUAUUUGCUUCUUUGAUAAGUUAGAUACUGAAGUAUUUGAUCUCUUGCAAAAUUACACUAGUCUUUAUCAGUAGUUUUUUCUUCCGCUAAAGUCAAGUGGAUAGACAUUCAACUCCAAGGAUGGGUUUCCAUCUUACUUUUUACACUAUUGGUACCCUUGGUAGUUUUAUUUCUUUCUAUUUUACCUUUAAAAAAAAUAUAUCUGGUAGCGGUAGUGGAUUCACGGAGGA